AUGGGCGGGACUUUUACUCACUCGGGCGUCAUUGAUGCAUCGGGUGGCAAAACCACACACAACGUGCGCACGUCUCAGAGUACCAGUCUCUGGCGGGACGACGUGGUUCGCUGCAUUGAGGACCGCGCCCUGGCCUUUCAAGGCUACAGCAUACCUAAGGGCCACCUGGAACCACUCCAGCUGGUCAAGUACGGCAAAGGCGAGCGCUACCACUUCCAUACCGACUGGUUCACCGAUCCGGCCCACACCAAGGCUCAUCUCGGCGGCAAUCGCCUGUCGUCGUUCUUUGGUUAUAUUUCGGCGGUUAACGUCACCGGUGGAGGGACCAACUUCCCUCUGCUCGACGCGCCGCACGACGAUCGGUGGUGCGAGUUCAUUGAUUGCGACGAACCUUGGGAGAACGGCGUUACGUUUCGUCCGAUAGAGGGCAACUUCGUGUAUUGGGAGAACCUGCAUAUCGACGGCUCCGGGGACCAGCGGAAUCUGCACGCUGGGCUGCCGGUAACGGGCGGGGAGAAGGUUGGGAUGAACAUCUGGACGAGACAAGCCCCCCUGAGCAAGGAGAUUCGGGGCGAGGACUAA